UUUUUACUUUUGAUGAAUGCUCUUUUAUAGGUUCACGUGUCCUAAUUUUUUCUUCAAUGACGCGUAUGUUGGAUAUUUUAGAAGAUUUUUGUUGGUGGCGCGGUUAUCAAUAUUGCCGUCUAGAUGGAAAUACUCCUCACGAAGAUCGCCAACAAUCAAUCGAUGCUUUUAAUGCCCCAAAAAGUGAAAAAUUUAUUUUUAUGUUAACAACGCGUGCUGGUGGACUUGGAAUUAAUUUGGCAACUGCUGAUGUUGUUAUUAUUUAUGAUUCUGAUUGGAAUCCACAAGUUGAUUUACAAGCAAUGGAUAGAGCACAUAGAAUUGGACAAACUAAACAAGUUUAUGUAUUCCGAUUUGUUACUGAAAAUAGCGUUGAAGAACGAAUUAUUGAAAAAGCUGAAAUGAAAUUGCGUUUAGACAAUAUUGUUAUACAACAGGGACGUUUAGUCGAAAGUCAAAAAGCUUUGGGGAAAGAAGAUAUGUUAUCAAUGAUUAGACAUGGUGCAAAUACAAUAUUUGCUGGAAAAGAUUCAACAAUAACAGAUGAAGAUAUUGAUGUAAUUUUGUCUAAAGCGGAAGAAAAAACAAAAGAAUUAAAUGAAAGAUUGGAAAAAUUGGGAGAAUCUUCUUUAAGAAAUUUUACUUUGGAUACUGAAGGUGGAGGUGGACAACAAGGAAAAAGUUUAUAUGAAUUUGAAGGGGAAGAUUAUAAAGCUAAACAAACUAGACCUGUGGGCGAUUAUUGGAUUGAACCACCCAAAAGAGAUAGAAAACCAAAUAGUUAUAAAGUGGAUUUGUAUUACAAAGAGCAAUUGAAAGGACCUCAAAAAGGCGAAACAAAAGCAAAAGCUCCAAUUCCUAAAAAUUUUCCAAAUAUUUUUGAUUUUCAAUUUUAUCCGAGACGUUUAUUUGACAUACUUGAGAAAGAAUUAAAUUACUUUAGAAAAAGCAUUGGUUGGAAACCUUUACCACCAGAAGAUUUAACUGGGAAAGAAGCAGAAAAGGCCCAAAAAGAAGAACAAUUAAAAAUAGAUAAUGCUGUUGAAUUAACAGAAAAAGAGGAAACAGAAAAAGAAAAAUUGUUAAAUCAAAAUGAAUUUGCUGAUUGGUCUAAAAGGGAAUUUAGACAAUUUAUUAAUGCUAGUGAAAAAUAUGGAAGGCAUGAAUUGGAAAGUAUUGCUAGAGAAGUUGAAACGAAAACUUAUGAAGAGGUUGUAAAAUAUUCAAAAGUUUUUUGGAAGCGAAUUAAUGAAUUGGCUGAUGGAGAAAAAUAUCGCAAUCAGAUAGAAAAGGGUGAACAACGAAUACAGAAGCGUCAAGCUAUUAAACAAGCUUUGGAAGCUAAAAUAAUUAAAUACAAGGCACCACAACAUCAAUUAAGAAUAAAUUAUGGUGGUUCAAAAUGUAAAAACUACACAGAAGAGGAGGAUAGAUUCCUUCUCUUUCAUUUGUAUGAACUCGGAUUUGAUAACGAAAAUGUUUAUGAUGAAUUGAGGCAAAAAAUACGUUGUGCUCCACAAUUUCGAUUUGAUUGGUUUAUUCGUUCAAGGACAACAAUGGAAAUCCAACGUCGCUGCAAUAUUUUAAUUUCCUUAAUUGAAAAAGAAAUGGGCGAUAUGGGAAUAAAUGAAUUUACACAACCAGCAACAUCAACAGCUUCCCCUGCUGUUAGUAAAAAGGGAGGGAAGAAACAAGAAGAAAAAACGCCUGCAACUAAAAGAAAAGAACAUCCAACACCUGGACCUUCAAAAAGCAAGAAAGCAAAAUGA